GCUCGCAGCACGUGGUGCGCAGCCCACCCUGUGAUUGGCGGGGCGGGAGUUGACCUUUGCCCGGGAACGGUCGCUGCCGGGGGCAUGUCUCGAACCCGCCCAUGAGCGCCCGGGGAAGCGAGCCCAUGGAUCGGAGCGAGCCGCGGCCGCCGCCGCAAGAGGGGGCCGAGGGGGAGGAUUUCGGUUACCGGCUCUUCCCGGAGCGGCGCAGCGAGGCCAAGCCGCAGCGCAGCUUCCUGGCCACCAGCCUCCUCACCUUCAACCACAAGUGCCAGGUGAUGCUGAAGAUCGCCCUGAACACAACUUCAUUUACUGUGCUGACAAAACAUAGCAAGUGCAAUACUAGAAACACAGAUGUCAUUGCUAAAACUACUAGCAAGUCCAUAUGCUCAACUUCUUCUUGAUGCUAUGAAGCAGUCUGGCUGCACUGUUCAUGAAGAUCGGCACUUUGCCUGUGAAGACUGUGAUGGGUGUGUCAGUGGAGGUUUUGAUUCUGCAACAUCACAGAUUGUUCUAUGCCAGAACAAUAUUCAUCAACAAUCCCAUAUGAACCGAGUAGUUACUCAUGAACUGAUUCAUGCUUUUGAUCACUGUCGUGCACAUGUUGACUGGUUCAGCAAUGUCAAACAUUUAGCCUGUUCAGAGAUUCGAGCUGCUAAUCUAAGUGGAGACUGCUCACUCAUAAAUGAAAUGACCAGAUUUAAAUUUGGAUUAAAACAACACCAUCAGACCUGUGUACGAGACAGAGCCAUUCGCUCCAUUUUGGCUGUUAGAAAAGUUAGCAAAGAAACAGCAGAAAAAGCUGUGGAUGGAGUUUUUGACUCCUGUUUCAAUGAUCAUGAACCAUUUGGAAGAGUCCCACAUAGUAAAUCAGAUGCCAAGUAUGCUUACAGAAACUUUCAGAACCGGGAUCGAUAUUAUGCAAAUUUGUAAAGGUGACUGUUAACCAUUAGCAGUGCUGUCACACUGAAAACAUAGCAUAUAUACCUGGUGCUGGUGGAGAGAGGAAAUUCUGGCAAGUAAACUACAAUUUUGUAUGGAAAGCUUACACAAAAGCCAAGUUCCACUGAUGAGUUAUAAAUAAUUGGUGUAAAUGAACAAAGCUGUAAACCGUAUAUUUCCUCGCUUGUUUUUCAAUGUUUCUUUUGACAUAUCAAAUUUUUAAUCCACACACUUCAAUUCAUGUGUAAAUCUGCUCAGUCCAAUUAAGAACGUUUCAAAAUGUCUUAUCUUUACUGAAUAAAGUGAUUUAAGAUGUUCAGAUUUUUA